AUGAUCCUUGCCGUGCAGUUUGGCGCCGUCGCGGUUCGGGGGCCGGAACCUAUAUAUGUUAGCCAGAACGCUCGUGGAGAAGUCAGUCUGCGAGUGUCCGUCGUCCUUGGUGCUCGUGCUGCUCCUCCUCCUUCCUUUCUCUUGCGUUCCAGUGUUCUCACUGGUAUCACGUCUGUGACAAAGAAACAUCUACUUGGAUUGAUCUUCAGGUCCGUGUGGACAUCAACCUCCACGGUUCACGGAUUCCGUCUCCCAAUGGAGUUGAGGUGCCAUAUCUUGGGCUUCGUGUUUUUGCUGGCCGCGUGGACGAUCGCCGCAGAUUCAGAUAUAAAAAAUAUUCUGGAGAGGCGGCGUAAUAGGGUAAAACUGUCAACGAAUAAUCAGCGGGGACAAUCAGGAGAUGAGGAUGUGGUUCCAACGCCAGCCGAGAGUAUAGUGCGACCGCAGCGGACUUCCUCCAAUUCCAUCGUGGAACGGGCACGUCGUCCUCUCUUCGCGCGACGACGACCCGCCGUUGCGACCUCGUCCAAAGCGACGGCUGUCUCCUCCGACAAGCGGUCGUCGUCGUCUCCCGAUGGAGACAUGAAAUAUGUUUGCUAUUACACGAACUGGUCCCAAUACCGGCAGAAGCUGGGUAAGUUCUUGCCGGAAGAUGUCGACCCUGAACUGUGCACUCACGUCAUCUUCGCCUUCGGCUGGCUGAAGAAGGGCAAACUGGCCGCCUUCGAAAGCAACGAUGACAGCGAGGAUGGGAAGAAAGGACUUUUCGAGAGGGUCGUAGCCAUGAAGGAAAAGAAUUCCAAACUCAAGAUCCUCCUCGCCAUCGGUGGGUGGUCGUUCGGGACGAAGAAAUUCCAAGACAUGUCAGAGACGAGGUACAGUCGCCAGACUUUCAUCUUUUCCGCCAUCCCCUUCUUGAGGGAUCGGGGCUUCGACGGCCUCGACAUCGACUGGGAAUAUCCAAAGGGAGCCGACGACAAGAAGAACUACGUUCUACUCCUCAAGGAACUGCGAGAGGCGUUCGAUGCGGAGUCUCAGGAGGUGAAGAAGCCGCGACUGUUGCUCACAGCAGCCGUUCCCGUUGGACCGGAUAACGUCAACUCGGGCUACGACGUUCCUGCCGUCGCUAGUUAUCUCGACUUCAUCAACCUCAUGGCCUACGACUUCCACGGCAAAUGGGAGAAGCAAGCCGGGCACAAUGCACCCCUCUUCGCCCCAUCCAGCGACAGUGAAUGGAGGAAACAGCUCUCUGUCUCCAAUGCCGCUGAGAUGUGGGUGCGGAAAGGUGCACCGAAGGACAAACUCGUCAUUGGCAUGCCCACGUAUGGACGCACUUUCACUCUGUCCAAUCCCAAGAAUUAUCAAGUCAAUGCACCGGCUUCCGGAGGGGGCAAGGCGGGUACUUACACCAAGGAGAGUGGAUUCCUCGCCUACUAUGAGAUCUGUGAGAUGCUUCGAGGAGGAGCGAAAUACAUCUGGGAUCCAGAGAUGGAGGUGCCUUACGUCGUGGAUGGGGAUCAAUGGGUCGGAUUCGACGAUGAAAGGUCUCUCAGGAACAAGAUCAAGUGGUUGAAAAAAGAAGGCUAUGCUGGUGCAAUGGUCUGGAGCAUCGAUAUGGAUGACUUCACUGGGGGAGUCUGUGGGGGUGGAGGGAAAUAUCCCCUAAUGACCGCCAUGAGAGAGGAACUGUUCGGAGUGAAGAGAGAUCCAGGAUUCAAAGAUGUGGACUGGAGCAAGGUGAGCAAGUUUAGUGAGGUGGCUGGAGGGACUACCCUUCCCCCUCCGGUUCGUAUCUCUGUCGAAGAACUCCUGCAAUCCCUGAAGAGGAAAGACGACUUACCUACCACACUCGUCCAGGGGUCCAAAGUACUCGCCUCUGAUUCCAGUGCAACCGACCCAACCGUUCUGUGCUAUUUCACGAACUGGUCUGUGAAGAGGCCUGGCCGCGGAAAGUUUAAGCCGGAAUAUCUGGACCCUCACCUCUGCACCCACGUCGUGUAUGCUUUUGCGGCCCUGGAUAAAAAUUACCUCCUCACUCCUGGAGGCGACGAAGACAAGGAAUCAGAGGAGAUGGACCUCUAUAGCAGAGUCCAGGCUCUGAGGGAGGCCAACCCGAGGCUGAAGGUUCUACUGGCUAUCGGUGGCUGGUCUUUUGGAUCCAAGCCCUUCAAGGAGCUCACCGAAAACGCCUAUCGGAUGAAUAGCUUCGUUUAUCACGCCUUGGAAUUUUUGCGAGAGUAUAAGUUCGACGGACUGGAUGUGGACUGGGAGUAUCCCAGAGGGGAGGAAGAUAAGGAGAAUUACGUGAGGCUGUUGAAGGAACUGCGAAGUGCAUUUGAGGGAGAAGCCAAGACGGCGAAACUACCUCGCCUCAUCCUCUCUGCAGCCGUCCCCGCUUCCUUCGAAGCAGUUGCUGCCGGUUACGACGUCCCCGAGAUCUCAAAGUACCUGGACUUCGUCAACGUGAUGACGUACGACUUCCACGGACAAUGGGAGAGACAGGUUGGACACAACUCCCCCCUCUUCCCCCUGGAAAGCGCUUCCAGUUAUCAGAAGAAGUUGACCGUAGAUUACAGUGCCCGAGAGUGGGUGAAGAGAGGUGCCCCGAAGGAAAAGCUCCUCAUCGGAAUGCCGACUUAUGGGAGGUCCUUCACCCUAGUAAACGAAUCCAAGUUUGACAUCGGUGCCCCAGCAUCAGGUGGUGGGGAACCUGGUGAAUUCACCGGGGAACCAGGAUUCCUCUCCUACUAUGAGAUCUGUGAGUUCCUGCAUCGAGACAACGUGACUUUGGUCUGGGACAACGAGCAGCAGGUUCCUUUCGCCUAUCGGGAAGAUCAGUGGGUUGGCUUCGACGACGAGAGGAGUCUCAAGACAAAGAUGGAGUGGUUGCGAGACCUGGGUUUUGGAGGAGUCAUGGUGUGGUCGGUUGAUAUGGAUGACUUUAAGGGAGACUGUGGCAUGGGGAAAUAUCCCCUCCUCAAAGCCUUGAAGAGUGCCCUCGAAGGAUACGCCGUUCAUCGGGAAUACGAAGGCCCUUACGACGGGCCCAAUGUCUACGCUGCUGCCGCGAACCGUAAAGAACAUCUUAUUCUGUCUAUCUCCAUCGGAGAUCUAUCCAGACUUGGGAGAGUCAUGCCGAGAAAGCAUGGAUCUGGCGCCGACGAAGUGGUGUGCGACGAGGAUGAAGGUGGCAUUUCCUAUCACGUGGACAAGGAGGACUGUCAUCAGUACUACCUGUGUCAGGGAGACCGUAAACAUAGGAUGCCUUGUCCGCAGGGGCUCGUGUUCAACGAGCGCGAGAACGUUUGUGAUUGGCCAGCGAACGUGGAGCGGUGCGCGCACUUGGCCGCCCCGACUCGAUGAACGUCUCUUGGUAUUCGUGCGUAUCCGUGCAUGUGAUUACUUGUGAUGAUCCAGCAACGUGACCAUGCGAUCAUGCCAUAGCACAAUUGCCAGAUGGCCAAAGAGUGAGGCUGCUGAAGAGGGUGGCUGUGCGGUGAUUUAGAGUGUUUCUCCCUACCUUGAAAGUCUUUCACCACGAGUUUGCACUUGCAAGAGUGCCAUCCCAUACUUGCGUCUCUUUUGACUUCCUAUCAAACUCUGUUUCUUUCUUCCUUCUUGCAUUCUUUCUCUGCGACUUUCUUUUUUUGUUUCCAACCCCCAAUGCGAAUUGUUACCAUAUUUUUUUUAGCUUGACGAGUUUGGAAGAAGAGGAUGAAAGAGGAGCCGGUUUGGUGGGAGCAGUCCAAUGGCAUUGCCUCCGAGUGUAUGUAUGGUACAUACUUAUGCAUUGAAUCGACUGCCUCUAUCCUGAAUGAAAGUGGCUUCUCCUGGCCUGUGAGGAUUUCCUUCACAAUGGAAAUCACCCUCAUCAGGGUCUCACCAUUGUUUACAUUCCUGUCUUGACCACACUUUCCCUGAG